GUUCAUGAACCACCCAGCUCCAGCCAACAGCCGCUACAAGCCCACCUGCUACGAGCAUGCUGCUAACUGUUACACCCACGCAUUCCUCAUUGUUCCUGCGAUUGUGGGUAGUGCCCUUCUCCACCGGCUUUCCGAUGAUCGAUGGGAAAAGAUAACAGCGUGGAUGUACGGCAUGGGGCUCUGCGCGCUCUUCAUCGUCUCCACAGUAUUUCAUAUCGUUUCUUGGAAAAAGAGUCACUUAAGGACAAUGGAGCAUUGCUUUCACAUGUGUGACAGGAUGAUGAUCUACGUCUUUAUAGCAGCAUCGUAUGCGCCAUGGUUAAAUCUACGGGAGCUUGGCCCUCUGGCAUCUCACAUGCGGUGGUUUAUCUGGCUGAUGGCUGCUGGAGGAACCAUUUAUGUAUUUCUCUACCACGAAAAGUAUAAGAUCGUUGAACUCUUUUUCUAUUUAGCGAUGGGAUUUUCUCCUGCGCUGGUAGUGACAUCCAUGAGCAACACCGAUGGACUUCAGGAGGUUGCCUGGGGAGGCUUGAUAUAUUGCCUGGGUGUGGUGUUCUUCAAGAGCGAUGGAGUCAUUCCGUUUGCCCACGCCAUCUGGCACAUAUUUGUGGCCACAGCAGCUGCUGUGCAUUACUAUGCCAUUUGGAAGUACCUUUACAGAAGCCCUGCGGACAUAAUUCGUCACUUGUGAUGUAUGUUAAAAAAAAAAAAAAAUCUCUUGGCCUCUGUAACAGUAUUAUUUGACUUAAGGAAUUCGGGGAAAUGGGAAAAUUGCACAGGAAAACUGCACUGACUUUGGUAGUUCUCUGAACACAGUUACUGUGAACCGAUGUGUGUCCUGCAACUGCCCAUCAUAAGGCAAGUGCUGUAAGCACCCAGGGUCUUGUGCGGCCGUACCCAGUCCAUUCCGUGUGAGUAGAACUGGCUACUUGAUGUUUACAAAAGCAUUUUGUAUUCUAGUUUAAUUUUACAAUUUUUAACUGCGUGAAUUUUUUCUAAAUUAGCGAUUCAAAUGGGGAGGUCAGUGCAAUAGCGCAAAUGGAACUUUUGGGAUUUCGAGUUGGUUUCUAUCACCUUUCCACUAGUCAUUUAUUAAACAUGAAUCACAGACAAAUAAUCUUUUACCCCCC